CACUCCCGCCUCCUGCCGGGGGCGGCUGGUGCGGGCGGGAGGCGGGACCGGCGGCCCUCUAAGAUGGCGGCGCCGGGCUCAUGUGGUGGGCGCUGAGGCGAGGAGGGGAAGCGGGGUGUUUACUGGCGACAUGGCGGCGGCAGAGAGCACGGAGGAGGGCGGGAGGAAAGAUGGAGUGGAGGAGGACGAGGUGGAGGAGCAGCUGGUCAUGGUGGAGCUAUCAGGAAUUAUUGAUUCAGACUUCUUAGAAAAAUGUGAAAACAAAUGCAAGAUUUUGGGAAUAGAGACAGAGAGGCCCAUUUUACAAGUGGACAGAUAUGUAUUUGCAGGAGAAUAUGAAGAUACCUUGGGAACCUGUGUGGUUUUUGAAGAAAACACAGAGCAUGUAGAUGCAGAAGGCAACCAAAAAGUACAGCUGAAAUACAAGUGCCACACAAUGAAGAAGCUGAACAUGACACGGACACUUUUGACAGAAAAGAAAGAAGGAGAAGAGAAUGUUGGUGGAGUGGAGUGGUUACAGAUCAAAGACAGAGAUUUUUCCUACAGCAGGCCUAAUACGAUUUGCAGCUUUCUGCGUGAAAAAGAAGAUUCUGAGGAGUCGGUUCAGGCCCAAGACAAACUGACUGAAGAGUCAGAGGGAGAGGUGAGUGGCGAAGGAAAUUCUGACAUGAAUUGUGACCUGGAGAAGCAGCACAACUUGGAAAUAGAUACCUCUAUUCCUCUGCCUGACAGCCCUGCUUCUGGGGCAGAGGAUUCCCCUUCUGAGAGUGUUGCCUUGGAUGAUGCCCCUCCAUGAUACCAGCUCUGAUCUUUUCAGGAUUAAUGGGCCAGCUUUUAAAUGUCAAUGUUUAUAGGCCGUGACAUGAUUUCCAAUUUAUCUGAGCAAUUAGUAAUGGAGAAGUGGACAUUGUGUUAUUGUGAAUUGCUCUUAUGUUUGGAUUAUAGCGGGGAGGGCUUAAGUGUUUUUUAAAAAUGCUGAUUAGAAAUGUACGUAUCUCUACCUCAGAAAAAGAAGAGGAAAUGGUUACAUAAUUAAAAAAGCCCCAACCUUAGAAAAAUGUUGAUGUAUUGUACAGUCUGGGACAUUUUUUAAAAAGAAAUAAAAAGAUUAAUUGUUUAAAA